GCAAGCAAAUGCGAGUGGGAAUACACUUCCCGGUGGGGAAAAGAAUGAUCCAUCUGCGCGGAUGUAUGCAAUAAUUCCUCCCUUCGGUUUCUGAGAAAAGGCUUCGUCAGCUCGUCCUUGGCUUGCCCCCACGUUCAUCCCCGGCCUCGAAGCAGAAGCAGCAGCAGCGGCAGCAGAGGAAGAAGAAGAAGACGACGACGACGAAGAAGCAGAAGAAGCUUCUCGAUUCAAUCAGUUUUCCUGCUUGUCUCGCUCUUCGCAUUUGCUCGGUUCGAUCAUUGAUCGGUGAAACUUCCGGAAGUCAGCCCCAUGGCGACGGGCAAUGGAGCUGCUGAAGGCGAGGCUUCCCCGAAGAACGAGGCGCCGGUGGCCGUCACGAAGAAGCGGCGGGGGCUCCUCUCUCGCAUUUGGAACGGGAUCUUCAGGCUCCACGGGGACGACUUCGAGAAGCGCCUGCAGCACAUCUCCAAGGAGGAGGCCGCCGUGCUUGCUCGGAUGAAGCGCAGAUCCCUCACUUGGAGGCGGAUGCUCCGCCACCUCAUCCUCUUCUCCGUCAUCUUCGAGGUUGUCGCGGUCGGAUAUGCUAUCAUGACGACGAGGUCGUUGGAUUUGGACUGGAAGAUGAGGGCUUUUAGGGUUCUUCCUAUGUUUCUCCUGCCGGGUUUAUCAUUUGCUUCCUACUCUGCUCUUGUGAGAUUCAUGAGAAUGUGUGAACGCAAGGACCAGCGUACUCUUGAGAAGCUUCGGGCUGAGAGGCAAGCGAAAAUUGAUGAACUUAAGGAGAGAACGAACUAUUAUACCACUCAACAGCUGAUUCAGCGAUAUGAUCCGGAUCCUGCUGCCAAGGCAGCUGCUGCAAGUGUCCUGGCAUCUAAGUUGGGCGCAGAUUCAGGCUUGAAGGUGUACCUUGGAGAUGAUUCUCAAUUGAAUGCAUCAACUGGGAAAAGCAAUGAUGUUGAACUUGUGCAGUCCAGUGGGCUCCGGAAGAGGAAAGAAUCGCAUACAAGGUCCAGUAGCGAAGGUAGCACUAAGAUGCAUCAAUUUGAGGGAGAGAGGUCGCGUGAAGGGAGCGAGGGCCCUCCUAUUCCUGAGAAUGAGCAGUUGGUUGUCAAUCACUACAAUCCUCAAGGAUCAAUGGCACAGGAUGGUGGUUGGAUUGCUCGACUUGCGGCAUUGCUUGUCGGUGAGGAUCCAACGCAGUCUUAUGCGCUCAUAUGCGGCAACUGCCAUAUGCACAAUGGGCUUGCCAGGAAGGAGGAUUUCCCAUACAUCACAUAUUAUUGUCCACACUGCCAUGCACUGAAUCGACCUAAAAACUCGGAAGAGCCUGUUUCCGGGACAACAUCACCACAACCGGGUUCUCUGAGAGUGGGAGGUGGAGGCAAUAGCAGUGGUGAAUCUCCAAAGGAAACUGUGGCCACGAGCACCUCUGCAGUGACUGAAUCUGAGAUAGUGGAAUCAGCAGAGAAGUCUGUAGCGGAGGAAUCAGUUACUCAAUGAAAUCCUAUGGAACGAGCUUUGAAAAACUUGGGUGUUUUGCGGCUUUGUUUGCCCUCGACUCACGGAGUUGCCGACGGGCUUCUUUGCUCUUUAAGCUCCGAGUGCUCAGGGUUUUACAUCAAAUAGAAUGCUUACUAGAGAAAUCAGUUGUUUUGUAAGUUUUGUUUCCUAUUCUCGAACUCGGUGCCUUGCUUAUAACUGCUGUAAUUAAUUUUUACGAUUUCAUAGAAAGGAAAGAAGGCUGUGGAUCUGGUUUGCAAAAUAGUGGUACUAGUCAAUUAGCUGAAGCAGUGGAUUGAGUAAAAUUCAAACCGACUCGUGGGAUUUGAGGCGGGACA